AUGAUCAAAAUCACCUGUUCAAUACCUGAAUCGCUUCCAUCAAACCUAAAUACCAAUGAUACUGACUGUGAGGGUGGGAACUCCAUUACUAUCAACCAACAAUGUUCUUAUUAUUGUGAUGAUGGACAUAAUCUUGCUGGAUCUGAUACGGUAACUUGUCAGGAGGAUUCAACUCUUUCUGGUGAAUUACCUACGUGUGAGGAAGUCACCUGUUCAAUACCUGAAUCGCUUCCAUCAAACCUAAAUACCAAUGAUACUGACUGCGAGGGUGGGGACUCCAUUACUAUCAACCAACAAUGUACUUAUUAUUGUGAUGAUGGACAUAAUCUUGCUGGAUCUGAUACGGUAACUUGUCAGGAGGAUUCAACUCUUUCUGGUGAAUUACCUACGUGUGAGGAAAUCACCUGUUCAAUACCUGAAUCGCUUCCAUCAAACCUAAAUACCAAUGAUACUGACUGCGAGGGUGGAGACUCCAUUACUAUCAACCAACAAUGUACUUAUUAUUGUGAUGAUGGACAUAAUCUUGCUGGAUCUGAUACGGUAACUUGUCAGGAGGAUUCAACUCUUUCUGGUGAUCUACCUACGUGUGAGGAAGUCACCUGUUCAAUACCUGAAUCGCUUCCAUCAAACCUAAAUACCAAUGAUACUGACUGCGAGGGUGGAGACUCCAUUACUAUCAACCAACAAUGUACUUAUUAUUGUGAUGAUGGACAUAAUCUUGCUGGAUCUGAUACGGUAACUUGUCAGGAGGAUUCAACUCUUUCUGGUGAUCUACCUACGUGUGAGGAAGUCACCUGUUCAAUACCUGAAUCGCUUCCAUCAAACCUAAAUACCAAUGAUACUGACUGCGAGGGUGGAGACUCCAUUACUAUCAACCAACAAUGUACUUAUUAUUGUGAUGAUGGACAUAAUCUUGCUGGAUCUGAUACGGUAACUUGUCAGGAGGAUUCAACUCUUUCUGGUGAUCUACCUACGUGUGAGGAAAUCACCUGUUCAAUACCUGAAUCGCUUCCAUCAAACCUAAAUACCAAUGAUACUGACUGCGAGGGUGGAGACUCCAUUACUAUCAACCAACAAUGUACUUAUUAUUGUGAUGAUGGACAUAAUCUUGCUGGAUCUGAUACGGUAACUUGUCAGGAGGAUUCAACUCUUUCUGGUGAUCUACCUACGUGUGAGGAAAUCACCUGUUCAAUACCUGAAUCGCUUCCAUCAAACCUAAAUACCGAUGAUACUGACUGCGAGGGUGGGGACUCCAUUGCUAUCAACCAACAAUGUUCUUAUUAUUGUGAUGAUGGACAUAAUCUUGCUGGAUCUGAUACGGUAACUUGUCAGGAGGAUUCAACUCUUUCUGGUGAAUUACCUACGUGUGAGGAAGUCACCUGUUCAAUACCCGAAUCGCUUCCAUCAAACCUAAAUACCAAUGAUACUGACUGCGAGGGUGGGGACUCCAUUAAUAUCGACCAACAAUGUACUUAUUAUUGUGAUGAUGGACAUAAUCUUGCUGGAUCUGAUACGGUAACUUGUCAGGAGGAUUCAACUCUUUCUGGUGAAUUACCUACGUGUGAGGAAAUCACCUGUUCAAUACCCGAAUCGCUUCCAUCAAACCUAAAUACCAAUGAUACUGACUGCGAGGGUGGGGACUCCAUUAAUAUCGACCAACAAUGUACUUAUUAUUGUGAUGAUGGACAUAAUCUUGCUGGAUCUGAUACGGUAACUUGUCAGGAGGAUUCAACUCUUUCUGAUGAAUUACCUACGUGUGAGGAAAUCACCUGUUCAAUACCUGAAUCGCUUCCAUCAAACCUAAAUACCGAUGAUACUGACUGCGAGGGUGGGGACUCCAUUGCUAUCAACCAACAAUGUUCUUAUUAUUGUGAUGAUGGACAUAAUCUUGCUGGAUCUGAUACGGUAACUUGUCAGGAGGAUUCAACUCUUUCUGGUGAAUUACCUAGGUGUGAGGAAAUCACCUGUUCAAUACCCGAAUCGCUUCCAUCAAACCUAAAUACCGAUGAUACUGACUGCGAGGGUGGGGACUCCAUUAAUAUCGACCAACAAUGUACUUAUUAUUGUGAUGAUGGACAUAAUCUUGCUGGAUCUGAUACGGUAACUUGUCAGGAGGAUUCAACUCUUUCUGAUGAAUUACCUACGUGUGAGGAAAUCACCUGUUCAAUACCCGAAUCGCUUCCAUCAAACCUAAAUACCAAUGAUACUGACUGCGAGGGUGGGGACUCCAUUAAUAUCGACCAACAAUGUACUUAUUAUUGUGAUGAUGGACAUAAUCUUGCUGGAUCUGAUACGGUAACUUGUCAGGAGGAUUCAACUCUUUCUGGUAAAUUACCUACGUGUGAGGAAAUCACCUGUUCAAUACCCGAAUCGCUUCCAUCAAACCUAAAUACCAAUGAUACUGACUGCGAGGGUGGGGACUCCAUUAAUAUCGACCAACAAUGUACUUAUUAUUGUGAUGAUGGACAUAAUCUUGCUGGAUCUGAUACGGUAACUUGUCAGGAGGAUUCAACUCUUUCUGGUGAAUUACCUACGUGUGAGGAAAUCACCUGUUCAAUACCUGAAUCGCUUCCAUCAAACCUAAAUACCGAUGAUACUGACUGCGAGGGUGGGGACUCCAUUAAUAUCGACCAACAAUGUACUUAUUAUUGUGAUGAUGGACAUAAUCUUGCUGGAUCUGAUACGGUAACUUGUCAGGAGGAUUCAACUCUUUCUGGUGAAUUACCUACGUGUGAGGAAAUCACCUGUUCAAUACCUGAAUCGCUUCCAUCAAACCUAAAUACCGAUGAUACUGACUGCGAGGGUGGGGACUCCAUUGCUAUCAACCAACAAUGUUCUUAUUAUUGUGAUGAUGGACAUAAUCUUGCUGGAUCUGAUACGGUAACUUGUCAGGAGGAUUCAACUCUUUCUGGUGAAUUACCUACGUGUGAGGAAAUCACCUGUUCAAUACCUGAAUCGCUUCCAUCAAACCUAAAUACCAAUGAUACUGACUGCGAGGGUGGGGACUCCAUUACUAUCAACCAACAAUGUACUUAUUAUUGUGAUGAUGGACAUAAUCUUGCUGGAUCUGAUACGGUAACUUGUCAGGAGGAUUCAACUCUUUCUGGUGAAUUACCUACGUGUGAGGAAGUCACCUGUUCAAUACCCGAAUCGCUUCCAUCAAACCUAAAUACCAAUGAUACUGACUGCGAGGGUGGAGACUCCAUUACUAUCAACCAACAAUGUACUUAUUAUUGUGAUGAUGGACAUAAUCUUGCUGGAUCUGAUACGGUAACUUGUCAGGAGGAUUCAACUCUUUCUGGUGAAUUACCUACGUGUGAGGAAAUCACCUGUUCAAUACCUGAAUCGCUUCCAUCAAACCUAAAUACCGAUGAUACUGACUGCGAGGGUGGGGACUCCAUUACUAUCAACCAACAAUGUUCUUAUUAUUGUGAUGAUGGACAUAAUCUUGCUGGAUCUGAUACGGUAACUUGUCAGGAGGAUUCAACUCUUUCUGGUGAAUUACCUACGUGUGAGGAAAUCACCUGUUCAAUACCUGAAUCGCUUCCAUCAAACCUAAAUACCGAUGAUACUGACUGCGAGGGUGGGGACUCCAUUGCUAUCAACCAACAAUGUUCUUAUUAUUGUGAUGAUGGACAUAAUCUUGCUGGAUCUGAUACGGUAACUUGUCAGGAGGAUUCAACUCUUUCUGGUGAAUUACCUACGUGUGAGGAAAUCACCUGUUCAAUACCUGAAUCGCUUCCAUCAAACCUAAAUACCGAUGAUACUGACUGCGAGGGUGGGGACUCCAUUGCUAUCAACCAACAAUGUUCUUAUUAUUGUGAUGAUGGACAUAAUCUUGCUGGAUCUGAUACGGUAACUUGUCAGGAGGAUUCAACUCUUUCUGGUGAAUUACCUACGUGUGAGGAAAUCACCUGUUCAAUACCUGAAUCGCUUCCAUCAAACCUAAAUACCGAUGAUACUGACUGCGAGGGUGGGGACUCCAUUGCUAUCAACCAACAAUGUUCUUAUUAUUGUGAUGAUGGACAUAAUCUUGCUGGAUCUGAUACGGUAACUUGUCAGGAGGAUUCAACUCUUUCUGGUGAAUUACCUACGUGUGAGGAAAUCACCUGUUCAAUACCUGAAUCGCUUCCAUCAAACCUAAAUACCGAUGAUACUGACUGCGAGGGUGGGGACUCCAUUGCUAUCAACCAACAAUGUUCUUAUUAUUGUGAUGAUGGACAUAAUCUUGCUGGAUCUGAUACGGUAACUUGUCAGGAGGAUUCAACUCUUUCUGGUGAAUUACCUACGUGUGAGGAAAUCACCUGUUCAAUACCUGAAUCGCUUCCAUCAAACCUAAAUACCGAUGAUACUGACUGCGAGGGUGGGGACUCCAUUACUAUCAACCAACAAUGUACUUAUUAUUGUGAUGAUGGACAUAAUCUUGCUGGAUCUGAUACGGUAACUUGUCAGGAGGAUUCAACUCUUUCUGGUGAAUUACCUACGUGUGAGGAAAUCACCUGUUCAAUACCUGAAUCGCUUCCAUCAAACCUAAAUACCGAUGAUACUGACUGCGAGGGUGGGGACUCCAUUGCUAUCAACCAACAAUGUUCUUAUUAUUGUGAUGAUGGACAUAAUCUUGCUGGAUCUGAUACGGUAACUUGUCAGGAGGAUUCAACUCUUUCUGGUGAAUUACCUACGUGUGAGGCCAUGAAGGCAGCGGCCUCCUUGUCUUUAUCUCCCUAG